UUUCCAGUGUCUGAACAGAGACGUUACGAUGUAAUAAUAAAAAUUAUGCAUGAAAAAGAAUUGAUCAAAGAAGCAUAAAACUUGAAUAUGCGGGCGCUUCUACUGUUAUUUGCAAUUUUCCCGCUCUUUUACUUCUCGCUUUCACAGACUACACAAAAUAUUAACAUACUGUUAAUUAAUGAAGAAAAUAACGCAUUGGCUGAAAAAUCUUUUGAAGUGGCGAAGGAGUAUGUACGACGCAAUCCAAUGUUGGGCUUGGCCAUAGAUCCGGUAAUCGUUGUUGGGAAUCGUACUGACGCAAAGGCUUUUCUUGAAAAUGUUUGUAGAAAAUAUAACGAUAUGUUAUCCGCACAAAAAACUCCCCAUGUGGUUCUCGAUUUUACAAUGACGGGAGUCGGUUCUGAAACCAUAAAGUCGUUCACUGCGGCCCUGGCGCUGCCGACUAUUUCUGGAUCGUUUGGACAAACCGGUGAUUUGAGACAGUGGCGUUCUUUGAACGUCAACCAAACAAAAUACCUUUUGCAAGUCAUGCCCCCUGCCGAUAUUCUACCGGAAAGUAUAAGAGCCGUUGUCACAAAGCAAGAUAUAACGAAUGCUGCAAUCAUCUUUGAUGAGAAUUUUGGUAUGUUUACAGUUAUGGAUCACAAAUAUAAAUCCCUUCUUCAAAACAUUCCAACUCGUCACGUGAUAACACCCGUCAAAAGCUUCAGCAAAGAAGACAUUAAAACUCAGCUGCGUAGCCUACGCGAAUUGGAUGUGGUCAAUUUCUUCAUCGUCGGCAGUUUGAGAACCAUAAAGAACGUUCUAGACGCCGCCGAUGAAAAUCAAUAUUUCGGUAGGAAGACGGCGUGGUUCGCGCUCUCGCUAGACAAGGGUGACAUAAGCUGCGGCUGUAAAGACGCCACGAUCGUUUACAUGAGACCGACACCAGAUGCCAACAGCAGAGAUCGUCUGGGAAAAAUAAAGACGACAUACAGCAUGAACGGCGAGCCGGAGAUAACGGCCGCUUUUUACUUCGACCUGUCUCUCCGGACGUUUUUAGCAGUCAAAUCACUGCUGGACUCUGGCAAUUGGCCAAACGACAUGAAAUAUAUAACUUGUGACGAGUACGACGGUAAGAAUACUCCUAACAGGACCUUGGAUCUCAAAACUGCAUUUCGAGAGGUGAAAGAAACACCAACGUACGCGCCGUUCUAUGUACCAGAAGAUGACCCAAUGAAUGGUAGAAGUUUUAUGGAAUUUAGUACGGACUUGUCUGCUGUCACUAUCAAAGAUGGCGCUUCGAUCGGCAGCAGAAACCUCGGGUCUUGGAAGGCAGGUCUCUCUAAUCCCCUCACUUUAAACGACGCUGAUAACAUGAGCGAUUACUCAGCGCAACUCGUGUACAGAAUUGUUACCAUGGAGCAACAACCAUUUAUAAUAAGAGACGAGGAAGCACCAAAGGGAUUUAAAGGUUACUGCAUCGAUCUUAUUGAAGAAAUCCGUCAGAUUGUGAAGUUCGAUUAUGAAAUCACUCUAUCACCGGACGGUAACUACGGCACUAUGGACGAGAACGGGAAUUGGAACGGAAUUAUAAAGGAAUUAAUCGAAAAACGAGCUGAUAUAGGAUUAACGUCAUUAUCGGUUAUGGCGGAAAGGGAGAAUGUAGUCGAUUUUACCGUGCCUUACUACGAUCUGGUUGGGAUUACCAUCAUGAUGAAAUUACCAAGAACUCCCACUUCGUUGUUCAAAUUUUUGACCGUCUUGGAAAAUGACGUAUGGCUGUCAAUUCUUGCCGCGUAUUUCUUUACCAGUUUCUUGAUGUGGGCGUUUGACAAAUGGAGUCCGUACAGCUACCAGAACAACAGAGAGAAGUAUAAGGACGACGACGAGAAGCGGGAGUUCACGCUAAAGGAGUGUCUCUGGUUCUGCAUGACGUCACUGACGCCGCAGGGCGGGGGUGAAGCGCCCAAGAACCUGUCCGGACGACUGCUCGCUGCCACCUGGUGGUUGUUCGGGUUCAUCAUAAUAGCAUCGUACACCGCGAACUUGGCCGCUUUCCUGACAGUGUCGCGACUCGACACGCCCAUCGAGUCUCUCGACGACCUCUCUAAACAAUACAAAAUACAAUACGCACCGGUAAAUGGUUCCUCCGCGAUGACGUACUUCGAAAGAAUGGCGAACAUAGAAGUUAGGUUUUAUGAAAUCUGGAAAGACAUGAGCCUGAACGAUAGUCUGAGCGAUGUUGAGCGCGCCAAACUGGCAGUGUGGGACUACCCGGUGAGUGACAAAUACAGCAAGAUGUGGCAGGCGAUGAAGGAGGCCGGUCUACCCAACACUAUAGAGGAGGCCAUUGAGAGAGUGCGCCAGUCGAAGAGCUCCAGCGAAGGUUUCGCAUGGCUCGGUGAUGCUACGGACGUGAGGUACCACGUACUUACCAACUGCGACCUGCAGAUGGUCGGCGAUGAAUUCUCAAGAAAACCUUACGCAAUCGCAGUACAACAAGGCUCGCCUUUGAAGGAUCAGUUUAAUAAUGCUAUCCUGCAGUUACUAAACAAGCGUAAGCUGGAGAAGUUAAAGGAGAAUUGGUGGAACAACAACCCGAUGGCGCGCGCGUGCGACAAACAGGACGACCAGUCUGAUGGUAUCUCCAUACAGAACAUAGGCGGAGUGUUCAUUGUGAUAUUCCUUGGUAUUGCGCUCGCCUGCGCCACGCUCGCUGCCGAGUACUGGUGGUACAAGUGGCGACGUCGGCCAACCUUCUCUGACGUCACAAGGGUUGAACCGGCUAAGAUAAUAAGGAACAACGCGGAUGCUACAGCUCCUAAACCAGAGGGAUUCUCUUUUCGAUCUAGAAAUUUAGGUUUAGCUAAUUUUAAGAGAAAAUUUUAACUGCACUUUACUCAGAACUUAUUAA